UCAACAAGGGAAUCAACACAUAUCCUCCUCCAUCUUAUAAACAGACCUGCGAGCAGCUGGCCGGUCAACAGGAAGGACAAACCUUCAUCAGCUAUUCUGGGCUGAAGUCGGCGGAUCUGGAGUUUGCAGAUGAAGGGGAGGAGAGGUUUCAGGCGCAGAUGGAAGACAAGGGUCAGGCCACACAGCUGGAUGUCAUCGACACUGCGAAAACUGGGCAGAGUUCAGUCUCCGGAGCCAACCUCAGCGGUUCCAUCAUCCUGCCAAAGGUGCAGCUGGCCGCUUCUGUCCCCAAAGAUCCCUGUACCCUCCCACAGGACAUUGGCAGCUGCCAGAACUACGCCUUGAUGUGGUUCUUCGACAAGAAGGAGAGUAAGUGUUCUCGCUUCUGGUACGGCGGGUGCGGCGGCAACGAAAACCGCUUUGAGACACGGAGGGAGUGUGAGAACCUUUGUCAGCUGAAGAGGCCAGGACCAAGAAGAUAUCUAACGAGACGGCGCCGGAUGGGCUUGAGAAAACUGUCAGCUGGCACCAAACAGGAAUCACAAAAACCUUAAAAACACAUGUUUGAGGAAACCACCAGGUGGCAUUACCCACAGCUGAGUCUGUUCUGGUACUGUUAAACUACCAACUGUUCCAGUAGUUACUUGGCUUUCUGUCCUGAAUAUGCAUGUUGUUUUUUUCUGAAAAGACGACCUUAUUUUGUGAAUUCCUGUUGGAGCUUUGUUUUACUGGUGUUUUACCAGUCAGGAGUUUUGUUUGUCAUUGAUUCCACCUUUAAUGUAUCUAACCAAUGACCUACAGGGACUUCACUGUGAACCUUCUUUCAGGUGCUAUUUUCGCCACUGGUCAGCUUUCUUUUUGAGCAGGUGAACAUGUGGUUCAUCUGAAGUAAGAUUUCUGCACUAACAGAUUUUGUACACAUUUUUAUUAAAAUGUUUAUUACUGAAAAUACUACACAACUCAGUCUGUCAGUAUCAUACAGUGUUUGUCCAUAUGGAUAUCCCACAAAGGAACUGACGCAGCCUUGAGAAGCAGUUAACGUGAUUAAAAUAAAGGCAUGGUAUUCCCUCCAGGCCAAACAUUUUAAUAAUCCCUCAGUGGUCCUGAAUCACUGCACUAGCCUGUCAGGGUUUCUUUCCUUCUCCCCUGAGCUGAUAAUGUCUCUAUGAACCUGCGUGGAGCAUCAGAAACCCCUGUGGUGUUCUGGUUACAUACAGUAACUGACAUGUUUUGCUUCUGUUUGAGGAUUGUGCAGGUUAUUAAUCAAAUAAGACGGGAGGAAACAAAUAUCUUGAUAUAUAAUGCUUUGUUGGUUACACAGCAUCAGGCUAAAACAUGACACACAGUCAUUUUAUUAGGAACCACUGAGUCAGUCCAACCCAAUAGUCCUCCAGUAAGUCCUCCUCCAUGAAGGGGAUGACAUUCAGACUGUUCCACAGAAGUGCUGGUUCACCUGUGUGAUCACUGUGGAGGCUGCAGGUUGUGCUGCUGUCUAGCUGGACUGUGUUAUACUGACAGGUGUUUCUGUUGUUUUGUCCACUGCAUUUAUCCCAAAGUGGCUAUGCAGGACUGUUGGAUUAGACUGACUUAGUUUUAGCUAGGUGGACCUAUAAAACUGCCAAUGGAGAGUAUAGAGCAGAUUUAUAAUAUCUAACCAAAAUAAUCUGUAGUUUAUAGCAGAUCCAGGCAUUUUCAUCUGCCACGAGGUGGCACCACUGACUUAUCACUGAGCAAACCGAGUGCUAGUGCAAGUGUCCGCACAGUGGAGAGCUGCUACAAAUCCUUUGGUAGCACAGUGGGCUGGUAUUAGGUACAGUAUAUGUGUGUAGUAAUAUUUGCAAUUUACUGGCUCACUUGUGUAAAACCUCAAAGUGUAACUUUAGUUUGCAGGUUUUCUCUUUCUUUUUCAUCACCUGUCUUUCCUGACACAGCUGGAUGCUGUUCUGACCACCAAACUAAGAUCUCUGCAGACGGCCUGUCACCAAUCUCCCAUGCAACUAUAAAUGUUUGUAUAUCACUGAGGAGUCAAACUUGGCCCUGUUGUAUGAUAAA